AUGGUCAGCAAUCGUUGGGUGGCCCGGCUGGUCGGCCUCCUCGUCCUGUUGGUCAUCGUCUACACCUUGUUAUGCACCUCAUCCAUGCAGCCAGGGCUGCGCCCCUGGCCGCUGUCGGUCCUAGACGGUGGCCUCGAGUGUGCCAGCAAGGACACCGGCAGCCGGACCCUGUCGGCCGGAGCGCCGGGCUCGCGUGAGCCGUGGUUCCCGCCGCGAACCGGCCUGGUCAACAACCUGACGGCGGCACUAUACACGCCCUCGGGCGUCUACGGCUUCCGCUACGAUGGCUCACUCGUGCCUGACGCUGAUUACGGCGUCUACAACUGGUGCAACAUGCCACACGUCCGGCGCGACCGCUACGUCGUGCCGCCGCCCUCCUUUGCCUUGCGCUACGUUGAGCUCGUCCACCGCCAUCACAAGCGCACACCCUACGCCGCCAACGCGUUUCCGGUCGAGCCAUACCACUGGGACUGCUCCGACGCCCAGGUGCAUCAUUACAACCAACCAACCGGCACCGACCAUCAUCCCGGCGAUGCCUUUCUGCGCCCCGACGCUGCCGUCCCCGGAAACCCGUUUGCGGCCACCGCUCCCGGACUGCACGGCUCCUGCCGCUUCCCUCAGCUGACCCACGGCGGCCUCGUCGACGCCUGGCAGCACGGAGCCGACCUUUACGGCGUCUACCACGACCUGCUGCACUUUCUGCCCGACCUGGCCGCCAAUGACAGCAGCCAGACUGAAAUCCAGGCCGCCUGGACCACACAGACUGCCUUUCGCGUCACCAACAACCAGAUCACCAGCGAAACCGCCUCCAUGGUCUGGGGAGGCAUGUUGGCUGCCGCUGGGCAACGCUCCCCUUCCUGGUCCCUCCCCUUUUCCGUCGAGCCGGUUGGCGUUGACGGCCUCGAGCCGCAAUACGACUGUCCUGCCGGCGCCGUCGCUUUUGCCGACAUCACCGGCCUCGACAUCGACUCCGUCCACGGUGACAGUCGUGCUUACCGCUCGCGCGCGUGGAAUGCCCACCUGGUCGCCGCUGCUGACGUCUUCCGCCGUCUUGAUGCUGCCUCCGGUGUCCUUCCCGGCGACAGGGACUUUCACUCCAGCUUCGACCACUACUACGACAGCCUCUCAGCCCGUCGCUGCCACGACCUGCCCGACGUAGUCGGCGUAGACCGCAACCUCGCCGACACCGUCUUCCGCCUCGGCCAGUGGGAGUACAGCCGCAUGUUCCGCGAUGAUGCCCGCUCGCUCGGCGCCAGUGCUGCGCUUUGGGGCGUCUGGGUCGCCCAGUUGGCCGCUCAUCUACGCACCGCUGCCGCUGACCGCCAGACUGCCCCUCGCUACCGCCACAACGUCGCCCACGACGGCAGCCUCAGUCGCCUGCUUUCUAUCCUGCAGGCCGACGACAUGGUCUGGCCCGGAAUGGGCAGCGAGGUUGUCGUCGAGCUCUGGGAAAAGACUGACCACGUCGACGACCAUGUCGACCAAGACGCUGAUGUAAAUGCUGACAUAAGCACACACCCACACCACUACAUUCGCGUCCUCUUUGGCGGCCGCCUUCUGCGCUCUUCCCACCCCGACCUCGCCGACCUCGACAUGCGCCCACUCGACGCUUUGCUGGCCUACCUCGAUGACCUCGUCGGCCCCGACGCCAGCCUUGUGCCCCGCAAGUGCAAUGGCACCCUGGCCCUGUGGCCCCGCUCCGCUGCUGAUGUCACGUGCCCUUUGUCUUGA